GGCGAAGGGUGACGACAGGGGCGGGGUCUGACUUGUAAACAGAAAGUAUGGCUGCGGCUGGGGGUCUCGGUGUCUUGCAGGGAUGCGGCGUCCGUUUGGCGGCCGCUUACUUUGCCCGGGUGGGUCAGGGGAUGGCGGCAGACGGCUCGGGGCCGCGAAUGGGCUCGGUGUUGUGGCGUCAUGGCUGCACUUCCUCGAGUGCUGGGUUAGGCCUCGGCAGGAGCUACGGUACGGAGGCAAAAGGAGAAGAAGAACUGAGAGUCCGAUACCUGGAGGAAGAGAAUAAAGGAAUUGUGGUGCUUGGAAUAAACCGAUCUUCUGCCAAAAAUGCUCUCAAUAAAAAUCUUAUAAAAAUGCUAUCAAAAGCCAUGGAUACUUUAAAAUCUGAUAAGAAAGUGCGGACUGUUAUAGUCAGGAGUGAAGUCCCUGGAGUAUUCUGUGCUGGUGCAGACCUUAAGGAAAGAACUCAAAUGAAUUUAAAGGAAGUUAGUUCUUUUGUCUCCAAAUCAAGAGCAUUAAUGAAUGAAAUGGCUAAUCUUCCAGUGCCAACUAUUGCAGCAAUAGAUGGGAUCGCUUUGGGUGGUGGCCUUGAGUUGGCUUUAGCAUGUGAUAUAAGAAUAGCAGCCUCUUCUGCUAAAAUGGGCUUGGUUGAAACAAAAUUGGCUAUCAUUCCUGGUGCAGGAGGAACACAGAGAUUACCUCGUGCCAUUGGCAUGGCUCUGGCAAAGGAAAUGAUCUUCUCUGCUCGUGUAUUGGAUGGCCAGGAAGCAAAAUCAAUUGGAUUGAUCAGCCAUGUUUUAGAACAAAAUGAAAUGGGAGAUGCUGCCUACAGAAAAGCAUUAGCCUUAGCAAGAGAAUUUUUACCUCAGGGACCUGUAGCAAUGAGAGUGGCAAAACUAGCCAUCAAUCAAGGCAUGGAGGUGGACUUAGUCACAGGUUUAGCAAUAGAAGAAGCCUGUUAUGCUCAGACUAUUCCAACUAAAGACAGACUUGAAGGUCUUCUGGCUUUUAAAGAAAAAAGACCCCCUCGUUUCAAAGGAGAAUAAAAGACAUAGAAGCUUUGUCAUUCAUAUAUGAUCUUUCUAUUUCUGGAAGUAUUUUUCUGGUAUAUCUUGAGGCAAAUGGACUUAUAACCACCAAAAUGAAAAGCAAGCUAUUCAUAGAAUGCAUUUGGAAUGUGCCCAUUCAUGUACUUCACUUAAGUAUAUACACUGUUAUGUUCAUUUGAAUUUAUGAAGAUAGCUAUAUGUACUAACUCAAAGCCAGAUUUUUUUAAUUUCAUGUGUUAUUAGAUAUCCCAUUCCUAAUUUUUAAAAUGUGAAUGAUUCCUAUAGAACAAACCUAAAAUACAUUAAAUAUGUGUCAUAUUGCAUCGGGAAAAAAAAAGGUGAACUUCUAUAUACCAAAAAUAUGAGAUAUACCAAAUAAGGUUUUAAAAGAUUAUGUAGAUUUCAUAUACAUGUGUUAAUAUACCUAUAAUUCAGAAGGAAAUUAAAAGAUAAUUUGUAAGUUGUGAAAAUAUAAAUAAAGUUCGUGAAAUGAAGCUAUAUCUGCUUUUAAAUUACCAAUGUCUCAUUUUUUAUUAAAUCAUUCCAUAUCAACUUUUCAGAGAAAUAAAUUGAAACAGAUCAAGUAAAUAUAGAAAAACAGAAGAAAAAAUUAGCAGUUGAUCAGCCAAUUUCAGGCUGCAUGAUCAAAGCAAUAUGCUGCAGUGGACAAAAUCCAAGAUGAUUUGGAAUCCAAGAACCUGGUUUCAAAUUGUACCUUCUUAAUACUUAUAUGACUUUAGGCAAGCCAGUUAAGCUCUCUGCUUCACUUUUCUCAUCUAAAUGGUGUUUGAAGUACUGUUCCUCUCUAGAUCUAUGAUGGUAUGCUGAAUAAUAUUAAACUAACAUGUUCAAACACUAAAGACCAAAAGGCCUUUUUAAGGUUUCUAGAAACAGAAGUAGCAUACUCCUCCCAACACACAGAUACACACGCAUGCACAUUUUUUGUUGCUAUUUUUUGGUUUCAUAUCACCUUCAUUUCCUGGAAAAACAUCCCUUAUAUAACAAAGAAUACAAGGGAGAUUGGAAGAGGGAGGAAAUUGGAAGAGGGAAUUGCAGGAGGAGGCAAAGUUAAAAAGUUUGGCAAUAAUAGCAUAACCAGUCUCACAAUCUAUGCAGUGUUACCUAUCCAUAGCACCCUCCACCAUCAACAGUAUCUGCAAAGAAGAUGCUGUUCCUCUUCUGUCUUUCACAGUCAUUAUUAUUGUUAUACAGCAUGCAGUUUUGUUGUUUCUUGUUUCCAUUUAUAUUGUUCUACUUAUUGUGUAUGUUUUCCUGGCUACUUAAUCAACCUUCCUUCAGUUUAUGUCUUCUUAUGCUUCACUAUAUUCUUUAUAUUCAGAUAUAGCACAAUAAAAUUUUUCUUGUUA